CUCAGUUCGCACAUGCUUUUAGCAAGUGAUUACGUAAACAUACACACAACAUUGAAUUGAAAAAAUAAAGAAUCGUUCUGCGCAAAAGUCAUUACAACAUCUUUUGUCGUAUAUAUCCUACUGUAUAACCGGAAGCAUAUCAACAGCCUGUUCUUUAUCUAAAGAUUGUUUUGAUCGUUAAAAUGCCGAAAAAGAACUGACAGUUUGUUGACUUUAAAAUACACUUAUCUUUCAUGAAGCUUCUAAUGUAAUCGAUCCUUCGAAGCUUUCCUGAUGCUGGGUACAAGUUACGUCCUCGUAUACGUCGAUCCUACGUACAGCCUUGAGAAUGGCCAAGAACCCACGAGUAUUCAGAUUAAGAUGGACAAUCUUAGACGCCGCUUUCUGGUGGCCAUACGUAAGGAAACGCUUACCGUCAUGGAAGAGAGAGUUGGAAAGCACAUCUUCGUGAAAGUGUCCUGCCCUCUAGAAAGGGAGUACAAGGAGGCUGAAAACAUGAGAGUCGAGUUGCCUUUGUAUGGGUUAAACUUGGACAAUCCAGCUGAAAUGGAGGAGGCAAUGUUCGAAAAAAACAUGAAAAAGAUAUUUAGAGAUAUCGAAACAACUCCAUAUGUUUCGGCUCCAUUUCAAAGAGAUUCUAUUGAGCUUUUCAAAAGAAGGGAAUAUGAUGAUUCUCCUAUCCUGUGGUCCUCUAUUAGAUGUUUAUUGGUUUACAAUAUAUUGAGCAAUAUUAAUAUAUCAAGAUACAAAGAAAACGGAGAGCUGCCAGAGAAAAUAGGUCUGACAUACUUAAUAAUGGUUGGGGCUUUCAAAGACGGAUUCUGCCUGCAUGAUCCUUCAACUCUAGAACCAGUGAGUCUGGUCGAACUUCCAGGGCGAAAUCAAGGACUCGAUGAUGCCUUGCCAGAAGUGGACCUCAGACGAGUGUUGAGCAAGAAGUGGGGACGUUUGUGCAGAAAUUCGCCCAUUCAUGACAUAAGGAAUUAUUUCGGCGAAAAAAUAGCUUUCUAUUUUGCUUGGGUAUCCACUCUUAUGACAUCGCUUUGGAUACCAGCUAUAUUAGGACUUGGCAUUUUCAUUUAUGGAGUGUGUGACAGACUGGCUGAGUCUGAAGAUAGAGGACUCAAGCGCUUGAUUGAGAUAGUAAAAUCAUCCAGUGAUAACGAUCUUACACCCGCAUUCGCCGCAAUCAUAUGUUUGUGGGGUACAAUUUUUAUGGAAGUUUGGAAGAGAAAACAGAUAGCACUUGCUCGAAAAUGGCACGUAGAUAACUUCGAUCAAGUGGAAUCAGACAGACCCCAAUUCUAUGGCACCAAACGGGAGUUCAACCGUUUCACUCGUUCCUCGAUUCUAUAUUACCCCUUCCACAAAAGGCUCAUGAAGCACAUGCUUUCUGUUUCAGUCCUGUUGCUUAUGGUUAUGCUGGUCUUCAUCAGCGUUACAUCUGUGAUUCUCUACCGCGUGUACAUGACCAUCUCCUUCUGUUUCGACGACACCUUUUGUGAUCUCCUUCACGGCACCAUCAUAGCCACACUCCUCAAUACACUCUCCAUCAUGGUAUUAGGAAGGAUUUAUGAAUUCAUCGCCGUGAAGCUCACUGAAUGGGAGAACCAUCAAACACAAAGUGAAUACAACGAUGCCCUGGUAAUAAAGCUGUUUGCAUUUCAGUUUGCGAAUACUUAUGCAUCAUUGUUUUAUACAGCAUUUUUCAGACAAGAUUUCGGAGGUCCAAAAGGGAUCUUAGGACUGGACAAAAAAUACACAGAUAACUGUGGACAUAAAGAUAAUGACAAUUGUAUGUCAUUGUUGUCCUUUCAACUCUUAGUGCUGAUGAUCGUCAAACCAUUUCCAAAAUUUGCCAAAGAUGUCAUUUUCCCAUGUCUGAAAAAAGCCCUUCACCAUUGCAAAGUGAACGAAAUUGAUGAUUUCACCACUGACGAAGGAAUCUCUAAGCAAAGUUAUCUACUCAGAGAAAUGAUGAAACCUUCCGCAGAAGAUUUCAGGCUCGGUGAAUUUACCGAAAAAGUCAUACAAUAUGGAUAUCUAAUGCUGUUUGCUGCCUCUUUUCCAUUAGCACCAGCACUUGCCUUAAUUUUCAAUCUCAUUGAUUUUAGAGUAGACUCCCGCAGAUUAUUAUGGUGGAAUCGGAGGCCAACACCUUACAGAGAUAAUGAUAUAGGAAUUUGGUUCAACAUCAUAGAUUUCAUCAAUGUGUGUGGAGUCAUAAGUAAUGCUUUCCUCAUAGCAUUCAACUCGAAACUGGGGCGUGAUAGAUCUUAUGAGAUUAAAUUUGCUAUCAUAAUAGGAUUCGAGCAUUUUAUAUUUUUAAUGAAAUUUAUUAUAUCAUUGUUAAUACCGGAUGUGCCAACAUGGGUUAAGAAUUCACAAAAGAAGGAUCGAUAUUUAGUCUCCUAUUUAUUGAAGAAAUUGAAUCCAGAUGUCAAUAGUGAAAUUAUUCAAACAUCUGCAGAGUGCACCAUGUUGGAAAAUUCACAAAAUGGAGAUGUCCAAUUGAAUGUGUUCGAAAAUAAGGGAUGUAGACAGUCGAAUUCACGUUGGAGUUAUUAAAUCCCGUUAACAGCUA